CAGAAUGUGAAAUCGUGUCCAACACAUGAAGCAACUGAUCUGUGAGAAAAGACAUUCUGGGUAUUAGAGACUGGAUAAACAAUAAUCUUCCCUAUUGAUUUUGCUUAUAGAAGAACAAACAGGCGAAAAUAAUUACUUUAUUUAUGAGCGGAGGAAAGAGGUGGUGUCAGGCAUGCACCAGAUGUAGAUAUGACUUUUUUUUGUUUUUAAAUAGAAGACAAUGAAAAACAUAACGGAGGACUAAACUCAUCCAGCUCUCCACGGAUCAGGAUAAGAGAAGAAGAAAGUCACCAGCAUCAGGUCGCUCCAAGUCUUUUGUGGAGGAGUAUCGGGUGUUUUUGACUCCACUUCCCUUGCCAGAGUGCUGACAACAGGAGAUCGUGGAGACUGAAGUGUCAUUCAGCAGUGCCACACAUGGACAAACGGAGGCGUCUCCCUCAGGCAGGGGGUGAUGAGUCAAAACACUCCGACUCAGCCAUCCAACCAGAGCAUAACAGUGAGGUCAGACAGGGCAGGAGAGAACCAGGUGAUUCAGUGAUCACUACAAGAGUCAGGAUGGAAGAACACUCAGAUGUUCCUUGCAAGGUGCCUCGCUUCCAGUAUGUUGACUUUCCUUCUCUACAUCAGUGCAUCAAACAGCUAUCUGUGCCACCACUGGAGGGCUGGCUAGCCUCUUGCCCGCUUGGAAAGGAGCCAGCACACCGUCCUAGCAGCCCAAAAGAGAAGGUGCCGAAGUUUAAAUAUGUGGACUACCCAUCACUCUACCACUGCAUUCAACAGCUCUCUGUGCCUCCAUUGGAGAUCUGGAGCUCAAAACUUAAAAAACCCAGCCCAGGUGGGUUACAGACAGACACAGUAGGGGUGCACUGUCCCUCUCAGGUGCUUGGAGAUAGAAGGAAAAAUGAAGAGAUGCUGGAAAAUAGAGCAGGACAACAAAGAAAGGAAAAGAGGGGGAGUGGGAGCACAGUCCAUGUCCCAAUUCCAGAGCAGGCAGUCUUGCAGCACGUGAAAGAUACACAGCCAAGCUCUGCCUCAGAGAAGGAAGAGAAUUCCCAGGGAGAUUCCCACAUGCACCAAAUGCACUCUGGUUUUAGCUCAGAUUGUGUUUCAAGUUCUGAUUCAAGUUCUAGACAACUGGACAGAACGGCAGAAAGGAAAGAAAAAAGUCUCAGGCCAUCUGUUAUCAGCCUGGUUCGUACAGACAGACAGAAACACAGAGUGGAACCAGAAGAACGACCUGAUAAGUGGAAAUCUCCAGGCCAGGUGGAGCAACCGAUAGAAACCUUGGCCAGCAGAUAUAUACAGAUAUAUACAGAUCCAGUAGAGCACCAAACUCAACAAUGCAGGCACAAAGACAAGGGACCACACUGAUGGCCUGACUUUCAGACUCUUCUAAGAUAUCAUUAGUCACAUGUUGUGACAGAUUGGCCUUGACCUAUCAUUUUGUUCAGUGUCUACAGAAUGCUUUGAACUGGCAAGGUCUUCUGAGUGAGGAUCAUCCACAAUCUCUUGGUUAAUGACAGUGUGUUAAGCCUGAGCCUUUGGGAGGUUAAAAGAAAAGAAAAACAACAAGAACAAAAAAAAACAACAAAAAAAAACAGAAACACACCCUUUAGAAUUUUGCCUUUCAAAAUGCAAAUGAAAAGCUAAAAGUGAAAGGUUUUACAAGCCAAACUUGUAAUACGGUCUAUAAGACAAUAUUCAGACAAGCACACACAUACUCAUAUGCAUUAUCGGUAAUAUCGUCAGUCUAGUGGUACUAAAUUAAAUCUACUGGAAUUUUGAAUAUAUUAUACUCAUAAAGAUAUAAUGUCCAAAUACUUUGAUCUAAAAACCACCAAACCUUAAGUGCUGAAGAUUUUCAAAGACAUAUUAAAUCCUGUCCUUAAUGAGUAAAAACCAACUGAUAAAGCCUGACUUCCAGACUUUUCUGAUAAUUGGAUUUUUGAGACAUACUUCACAGACUAGCAAACUUGAAGCACUGAAUCGGUUUGCCUCAAUGAAAAAAACUGUGGGUACAAAAUAGACAAUCUCUAACAGCCUAAUGCCAUGUUGCUCUGAAUUCAGGUGUUGGAAACUUUAGAACUGGGUCAAGAACUGAGUGUGUGCAACACUCUUUCUCUCCCAAAGAGUAAAGUUGAGCCUACCUUUGGGGAAACCAGACCCAGAGCAGGAUACAAAUGCAUUGGUAUAUUCACCGGGGGUUGACUAUUUAGUUCUGGGUGCCUAAAAAUAUGGAUGAUGCUUAUGCUGCAUAAAUGGUUUGUUUGUUCAUAUAAUAACUUGGUUUUUUUUUAUCUUUGUAUUUCUGAGCUGUUUUUACAGAAUUUCAUGUAUGAUUGCUACAAGGUAGUGUUAACUUAAGAUAUAUAAACUUGUUUUCAAAAUAUUUUCUUGUUUUGUGUGUCUAUACUCAUUCGACAAUUUAUGACAAACUUAUAGGGGUGUAUACACUUAAUAUAGUAAAUAUACUUACUCAGUGACACGCACAUACAAUUUCUGUGACAGCAACAAGUGACAUUUGAGCUGAGAUUUCAGAUGAGGUAUUACACAGUAAUCCUGGACAAAUCCAACGUACAAAUGACAGACUAAAAUGAUUCCUGACCUAUGGGCCAACGUUUUUUUUUCCCCCCUCAAAUUCUCAACUCAUAAAUUAGUUCCUACCUGCAGUUAAUUUGUUAAGUUGUCUUUAUUUGUCACAUAUAUGUUACUGCACAGUGAAAUUCUUUCUUCGCAUAUACCAUCCUUGGGGGUUGGGGUCAGAGGGCAGGGUCAGCCAUAAUGCAGCACUCCUAGAGCAGGGUGGGUUGGAGGCCUUGCUCAAGAGCCUAGUAGUGGUACCUUGGUGGUCCUGGGGCUUGAACCCCAAACUUUUAGUCAACAACCCAGAGGCUUCCACCGCCUAUGAUCAUGGGUUCAUCUGGUCAUAUAUGACCUCUGUUUGAACUAAAGCUGGGAAGGAAGUAUGAAACAUUGUUGGUAAAUCUGGUAUGUACAUAUUAUAUAUAUGUAUAGUUUGUUUUGCUAAUCUACCCCAGACUGCAAGAGAUCUGCAAGAGCAUUAGUGAGGUCAGUCACUGAUGGUGGGUGAGGAGGCCAGGACCUGUUCAUGGAUCUGUUCAGGACACUCGAGGUUUUCCACUACAACAGUAACAAACUAUGUCAUUAUGGAGCUAGCUUUGUGCUCAGGUGCAUUUUCAGGCAGGAAGGUUUGGGCUUUUUUCUCCGAGUGAAAAUUGUAAUACUACAUACAAAGCAUAUGACAACAUCCUGGGCUAAACAGUGCUUUCAAUUUUGUGAAAACAGUUUGGGGGAAAGGUGGAAUGUUCAGGUAUCCACAAACUUUUGGCUAUAUACUGUAUUUUACCAUUUAGGGUUAAUUACCAGUUAGGGUUAUCAGAUGUUUAUCCUGUGUUAUGACAAGAAAGAACCAUAAUCUGCCCAUAUACAGCUAACAUACACCGAUCAGGCACAACAUUAUGAGCACUGAGAGGUGAAGUGAAUAACAUUGAUCAUCUCCUCAUCAUGGCACCUGUUAGUGGGUGGGAUAUAUUAGAGGCAGCAAGUGAACAUUUUGUCCUCAAAGUUGAUGUGUUAGAAGCAGGAAAAAUGGACAAGAGUAAGGAUUUGAGCGAGUUUGACGAAGGGCCAAAUUGUGAUGGCUAGACGACUGGAUCAGAGCAUCUCCAAAACUGCAGCUCUUGUGGGGUGUUCCCGGUCUGCAGUGGUCAGUAUCUAUCAAAAGUGGUCCAAGGAAGGAACAGUGGUGAACCGGCAACAGGGUCAUGGGCGGCCAAGGCUCAUUGAUGCACGUGGGGAGAGAAGGCUGGCCCGUGUGAUCCGAUCCAACAGACGAGCUACUGUUGCUCAAAUUGCCGAAGAAGUUAAUGCUGGUUCUGAUAGAAAGGUGUCAGAAUACACAGUGCAGGAUGGGUCAGGGCAAGGGGGACCAAUACAAUAUUAGGCAGGUGGUCAUAAUAUUAGGCAUAGUGUCCAUUUAGUGUCUGAAUUCACUGUUUCUUUUGCCACUCUAUUUCUACCUGGCUAUGUUUAGGUUUUAUUUCUUUUGUACUUACAUUUGUAUACGCAAUGCCAUAUGCUACCUGUGUGAAGUUUUGGGAAUUCCCUCCCAGGCUUAAAACGCGUUGGGUUAGGAAAUCCCCACAAUGCAGACUUUUAUACUUUGAUACAGCCAGAAACCUGAUUCUGUUUUCAUUCCUCAACAUGAAGCGUGCACGGAAGAGAAAAGCCACCAUUACUAAGAUAUGUAAUAAACAACGCGCAAAGACGAGUUGUUCGAGAGGAAGAAAACGUCGUGCUGAGGAAACGGACGUUAAGGAUCCUAUGAUGGGAGGAGCAGCUUCAUCACAGGAUGAUCCACCCAAACAAGAAAUUCCCACAUCAAUGCAGACAACAGAAAGUGUCACCUCUAUCCUGCCAAUGCCACUGCCACAGGAGCGAGAUUACAGCGAAAUGUGUCCAAAGUGUUCCUCCUUCCUGAAGCCUGCAGUGGUUCCAGCAGGAGGAUCCACUUCUCUACUGCAGUGCCCAAAGUGCUCUACCACACCACUGUGUGAGAGCUGUCUGUACCCUUGCCCCGAUGGCACUUGUACCAACAAGUCAUGCCCGAUUGUCUCAUUGCUGCUCACCUGUGAACGAGUCAACAAGCUGGAAAGCAAGGUGUAUGGCUGCCCUCUUUUCCGAGCCUGCCCCAACUGCCACAGUAUAAUGAUGCAUGAGAGAGGUUGUAAAUAUGUGUUUUGUGCACAGUGCAAUCAUAAUUACUGUUUUAUCUGCCUAAGGACCAGACAAGAGUGCACAAAAGACAAAAACAAGUACUGGUCCUUGACCUGCUCCGCACCAAUGGCAGCGCGGCAGAGAUUUCAAACUUGACGAGCUGAACACUAGAUCUCUGAGGGCUGUCUAUACAAAAUGUAUUAUAAAGGAGAAAUCUAAACACAGAUCAGCAUUUAUAUUUAUAAAUAUUACAUAUAAAAUAUUUACAAUUAUUCAAAGCAAGACUAUUUUGGUACAGGAAGCUUAUAUCUAACAUUCUGCAAUUAUGGAAAUUUUUGUAUAUUAUG